AUGGACCACUCCUCAAUGGACAUGUCGCAAGGCGCGAUGGACAUGGGCGGUGCCGGAGCUUGCAAGAUCUCGAUGCUCUGGAACUGGACCACCACAGGCGCAUGCUUCCUCACCCCCCAAUGGCGUAUCCGUUCAACCGCAGACUACAUCGGUACCCUCAUCGGCGUCUUCUCCGCUGUCGUCCUCCUCGAAUUCGUCCGCCGACUGGGGAGGGAGUACGAUCGCUCUAUCCGCGCGGGUUACUAUAGGAGGGAAGAGAGGGCGUUAAGCGUGUUGGGCAAGACUUCCGCAGCGGAUGCGGCCGGAGGCGAGGAGAGAGGGAAAGACGAGGCGCUGCAGGUCCAGCCUUUCAGGCCGACAACAACCCAACACCUCCUCCGCACCACUAUCCACCUAAUCCAAUUCUCCACCUCGUACAUCCUCAUGCUCCUAGCCAUGUACUUCAACGGCGGCGUCAUUUUCGCGAUUUUUGGCGGAGGAGCGGUCGGGUUUGGGCUGUUUGGGAGGGAUACCGGGAGUGAUUUUGUGGGCGAGGGAGGGGGAGGGAGGGAGGGUAGGGGAAGGGAGGAGGAGAGGGGGGAGUGUUGCUAG